GGGGCCAGGAGGGGAGGUUGGCAACUGGGGCUGAAGACCCUAAUAUUAAGCGUCUGGGGCCAGAUCUGUCAACACACACAUCGCCAGUCAGACUCUGCCCCCUUCCCCAGAGAACGGGAGGCCUUCGAGGGUCAGUUUUCUAGCCUGUAGCUGAGCACCCCAUAUUCCCUCCAGGCUCAUGACGUAUGGGGUAAAGCCAUCAUGGCAGGGAAUGUACAGCAGGGUCCCUUUUUCAGAUGGGAGGGGAGCAGACUCAGAGGGUGCUGACUCUGGAGGCCCCAAUUCAGGGGUCCUUGGGGACUGGGGCAGUAUCCAGCACCUCUGCUGCUGGUUCAAGUGAUCUUGCCAGGCCCUGGUUGGAGUUGGGUGCCCAAGCUGCUGUUCAAGGACAACAGUUUAGUGAAGAUUUUAACAAGGUGAACAUCUUAAGGAAAGUACCAGUUCUGAAAGAUGGAGACUUUACUUUAGAAGAGAGCACCGCCAUCCUCCUUUACCUGACCCGGAAGUACAACACACCCAGCCACUGGUACCCACCAGAUAUGAAGAAGCGGGGCCGCGUUGAUGAGUUCCUGGCUUGGCAGCAAAGCACCAUCCAUGUCAGCUGCUCCAAGAUCUUCUGGCUCAAGGUAGUGAUCCCCAUGUUCAUAAAUCAGCAACUGCCUCCUGAGAAGCUCCACGAUGUCACAGAGGACCUAACCACCAACCUGCAGAAGCUGGAGGAUAAGUUCCUGAGGGACCAACCCUUCCUCAUUGGUACCGAGAUCUCCCUGGCGGACCUGGUGGCCAUCGUGGAGCUCAUGCAGUGCAUGGGAGCCGGCUGGGAAACCUUCGAGGGCCGACCCAAGCUUCAGGAGUGGCGCAAAAGGGUUGAGGUGUUCCUGGGCAAGGAGCUAUUUGCGGAAGCCCACGCACGGAUCCUGAACAAUCAAGAGAUGAGGAACAUGACCAUUGACCCAUCACUCAAAGUCCAACUGAAGCCCUUUCUCUUGAAGAUGAUGAAAUAAAAUGGGCACUACAAGCUC